ACGUUUCUUGAAUGAUGUUAACGUCAGUAAAUAAGGCAGAUUAUUAUGAAAUGGAAUGUUUUAAGAUUAAAAGUAAAACUUCGUGUUGAUAUAGUUAUACAAGUAACUUUAAGUUAAAUAGUUUAACUGAAAAACGGAGUUAAAUUUGUCUACGAUUUACACAUAUUAUGCUUCUACGGUUAUAAGAAUGGAACAGCUUUACCUUCAAACAACUCAAUUAAUACAAGAAACCACAGAUUUGUUUUAUAAAUUAGAGAGGGAUCCGUCUGAAAAUAUAGAAAAUGCAAUUCAAUCAAAAAUUAAUGCAAUUAAUGCAAACUGUGAAAAGCUGGACAUACUGGUGUUCAAAACACCAAUCAAUCAGAGGCCUACAGCAAAAAUGAGAGUUGACCAACUAAAAUAUGACAAUAAACACAUACAGGCAUCUUUACUAAAUGCUCAAAACAAGAGGCGUAGACGACAGCAAGAACAAGAAGACAGAGAGCAGUUGCUGAGUAGGAGGUUUGGUCAUGAUCAUACCGCUAUCAAUGUUGACUUCUUAGGACAAGAACGAAACUCUCUGCAGAGUUCACAUCAACAUGUGGAUGAAAUGCUUCAUACCGGUUCCAACAUUUUGCAGACUCUAAAGUACAACAGGGACACGUUGAAAGGUGCGCAUAGAAGACUAAUAGAUCUGGCCAACACUCUAGGCCUUUCCAAUGCAACGAUAUCCCUGAUAGAAAGAAGAGUGUCUCAGGAUAAAUACAUUCUGUUUGGGGGCAUGUUUGUUACCCUGACUGUGAUCGUUCUCGUUAUAUUCUUCUUAGUAUAGUUUAAAGGAUGUUGUAAGAUUAAGCUUGUACUUUCACACUUUCCAUUGAAUUAAGAAUAAAUAUUUUUUUUUAAACGAUGUAAAGGUUUGUUGCUUUGAUGUGUUUAUUUUAUUAUGUUGUAUAUUUUGUAGAAAAAUCUGUAUUACGCUUGUAAAAAAAACCGGCAGCCUUAUAACACCAGGUAAUUUAUACAAAAAAAUAUUUUAAAUUGAAAUAAUGUAUCACAAAAAUCUGGUUAAGAAAAAUAUUUAUAUAUUAUAUGUUUUACAGUACGUUUUACGGUAAUCUUUACAUAAUUGUUGUGUAAAGCGUAUCAGAAAAAUAUAUUGCUCUGUGGACCAUUGUUGGCUAAAUAAAUAAAUUGUAUUAUUUAAA